GAGGGGGAGAGAGGGAGAGAGAGAGAGAGAGAGAGAGAAACGGGAGAUUCGAGAAGUGCCAUUGAGUAUCACUGAUAGAUAGUUCAUUAUUCUCCGUGUGAAGUGCAGCGAUAAUGGAAUACAGUCCUCCGGAUUACUGAGCGCCUUUGAAUUGGAACUUUGUUUUGGAGGCGCAAAGCAAUGCAGAGCAUAUAAAGAUCCUGAUAAGCUAUAAACUAGAGGUAAUAGAUAAUGGGCUGUGUGCAAUGCAAAGAUAAGGAGGCAGCCAAACUCACAGACGACCGAGACACCAGCAUAUCUCAGAGCGCCGGCUACCGAUAUGGGGCCGACCCGACGCCCCAGCAUUACCCCAGCUUCGGGGUCACCGCCAUCCCCAACUACAACAACUUCCACACUCCCGUCGGGCAGGGGAUGACCGUCUUCGGCGGGGUCAGCACCUCCUCACAUACCGGGACGCUAAGGACCCGCGGCGGGACAGGAGUCACUCUCUUUGUGGCCCUUUACGACUAUGAGGCGCGGACAGAGGACGACCUGAGCUUCAGGAAAGGGGAAAAGUUCCAGAUUAUCAACAGCACUGAAGGUGACUGGUGGGAUGCUCGCUCGCUCACCACCGGUGGAAACGGCUACAUCCCCAGUAAUUACGUGGCUCCGGUGGACUCCAUCCAGGCCGAAGACUGGUACUUUGGUAAACUGGGCCGUAAGGAUGCGGAGAGGCAGCUCCUGUCCACCGGCAACCCUCGCGGCACGUACCUUAUCCGGGAGAGCGAGACCACGAAGGGUGCCUUUUCCCUGUCUAUACGGGACUGGGAUGACGUCAAAGGAGACCACGUCAAGCAUUAUAAGAUCAGGAAGCUGGACAGCGGUGGAUACUACAUCACCACCAGGGCCCAGUUUGACAUGCUGCAGCAGCUGGUACAGCACUACUCAGACCGACCCGCUGGGCUCUGCUGCCGAUUGGUGGUGCCCUGCCACAAGGGGAUGCCCCGCCUCACCGACCUGUCCGUCAAAACCAAAGACGUGUGGGAGAUCCCGCGGGAGUCGCUGCAGCUGAUCAAGCGUCUCGGGAACGGGCAGUUCGGGGAGGUCUGGAUGGAAAAUGUGGAUGGUUUGUGUUUUAAGUUAACGGGCGUGUGUGUGAGCUACAUCCCCGACACGGUGGGCCUGAAUCAUGACGCCUGGGAGAUUGACCGGAACUCUCUUGAGUUGGAAAUAAAGCUAGGGGCGGGAUGUUUUGCUGAAGUGUGGUAUGGGACGUGGAACGGCACCACGAAGGUGGCGGUGAAGACCCUGAAGCCGGGCACCAUGUCCCCCGAGUCGUUCCUGGAGGAGGCGCAGAUCAUGAAGAAGCUCCGUCACGACAAGCUGGUCCAGCUCUACGCCGUGGUGUCCGAGGAGCCCAUCUACAUCGUUACAGAGUACAUGGGCAAAGGAAGCCUGCUGGACUUCUUGAAGGAUGGAGAAGGUCGAGCACUGAAGCUUCCCAACCUGGUGGAUAUGGCCGCUCAGGUGGCAGCAGGCAUGGCAUACAUCGAGAGGAUGAACUACAUCCACAGAGACCUGCGCUCUGCCAACAUCCUGGUGGGAGAUAACCUGGUGUGCAAGAUCGCCGACUUUGGACUUGCCAGGCUGAUCGAAGAUAACGAAUACACAGCCCGGCAAGGUGCCAAGUUCCCCAUCAAGUGGACCGCCCCGGAAGCCGCACUGUACGGGAAGUUCACCAUCAAGUCUGAUGUUUGGUCAUUCGGCAUUCUGCUCACCGAGCUGGUCACCAAGGGUCGGGUACCCUACCCAGGUAUGAACAACCGGGAGGUGCUGGAGCAGGUGGAGCGAGGCUACAGGAUGCCUUGCCCUCAGGACUGUCCCAUCUCCCUCCAUGAGCUGAUGGUCCAGUGCUGGAAGAAGGACGCGGAGGAGAGGCCCACCUUCGAGUACCUGCAGGCUUUCUUGGAGGACUAUUUCACUGCGACUGAGCCUCAAUACCAGCCAGGGGACAACCUGUGAGCCCUCUGGGGCCAGUGCCAGGCCCCAGUGAGGCCUGGACGGAGACAGGACUGGCUAAACCAGGGGAUCGUAAACUCUGGAGCCUUCCCCGGCCAGCCUUCCUUUAGGGACCUGUACAGCUUCGUCGGCUCCACUGAGCAUUUAAAUUCCCCCACCCUUCCCCGAACACCGCCCUUUCGUCAACCAUCUGCCUCCAACACGCUCUCUGCGGCCAAUUUCGAGAUAGAGACUCUGCGAAUGAGAUACGAAGGGAGGUGACGUGUGUGUGUGUGUGUGUGUGUGUGUGUGUGUGUGUGUGUGUGUUUGUAUGUGUAUGAGAUCACCGUCUGGAUGGAACGCCUUCAAAUUGAGAAGUCGGAGGGGUUGGUUCAGAGGACACGGAGGGUGAACCAGGAGUUGGCGAGGGUUGUCAUGAUGCAAUGUCAAGCUUGUAUUUGGUGUAAAUAAGAACAGCUUGUUUUAGAUUUUGUCUCUCCGUUUGCUUCUGUUAAAGAAUUUCUACUUAUUUUCUCCUGCACAAAAAUGACGACAGUAAUUAUGAUGAUGGUAAUGACGUUGGUGAUAACGAGGGCGGCCGUUGUAAAGAAAUGGAGGAAGAGCACCACCUCCGAUAAACAUCUGGGUGGUAACAGACGCCGCCAGCCUGUAACUGUUUUACAGCUCUUACAUUAUUUUCUAGAGAUCGAAUCGGACUACCGCUCUAUAUAUUUUUGUUCUCGGUUUUGAUAAAAAGCAAGAAAUUCUCCACCGGACAUAUUACUUAAACAUCAGCUCUUCAUUUAAUAAUCGCUAAGAGGAUAUGAUGUCACUAUGCCGUCUUUUUUUCAACGUCAGCACAAGUGUCCUGUAGAGUCCUAGCUUGGAUGUGAGAUGUUUUGUUGAAUAAGGCCCAUGACGCCUCCAGAAGCCUCAACAGCAAUUUGCGGUUUCCCAGAACCGCCACAUCCCACUUCCGACUACAUGUUCAUUUUAAUUCUCUCUAUCUGCAGUUUCACGUGCAUGCUUCGAGCCAACUACUUCAUACGACCGACCGGCCACAGCAAAGUCACUCCAACCUUCUCCAAACGGUAAAACUCGAACAUGGGGUGAGUAGCUGUCCAUCAUAGAGAGGGGUGGGAUUAUAAACUGGAAGUCUUUGUAACUUUGACCCCAGUUAAUCAAAGAACCGCAGAUGAAGGCUAGCACUCGGGAGUCUUUCCCUGAAGCCGUUCGUAGUUGGCAGUGAGCAGUCAACAUGGCGGCGGAAGUAGUUGUGGGAAGAACGAACAGAUAAGAGUUUGCGGACUACUUGAAACCCCGCCCAUUUUCACGCCUGGCCAAUCACAGCGGAGAGCGGGCGUGGACGGGAUGUCGGUUUCAGAAAGUUACAGACAAUUUGGAAUGCUGACCCCCACCAAUCUGGAUGUCAGAAAGAAGCUCGCCGACAUUAUCCGUGGUUGGGCUUAGCACUUCGAUUGAGGCAUGGAACAGGCCUGAGGCGGACACCCAGUUCACAACCCCGUGUCCUGGAGUAUUUAAUCUGGCGUCAGGACUCACCCACAGCCGGUUUAUAGGAAAACCCACAGCAGUCGUACACGAGCAACAGCAGUGGCCUAAAGGGACCGUAAUAGGAAAACACUGGUAUUAUUUAACCUGAACCCUGGUUUCCUGUCAUUAGGGGUCAAACCUAACAAUGGGCAGCACAAUCUUUUAAACUGAUUCAUUAAUGAGCAAGCUAGCAUCCACCAACUGCUGUGCACCAGGCUGCAAUAUAACGCCUCCAUUAAAAACGGUUUCUUUUGGCACUAACGGAUUCAGUAUGGUUGUGAGAAGUUUCUGGAAACGCUUGCCAUCAUGAAGAGACAGUCAGACAGUUUUAACAUGUUCUUUAAUGCACAUCUCUCAAACUUCACAAUUCCACUGUCGUCUCCCUC